AUCAAAGGUUUGUAAAAAGCCUAUUACGCCACUGGAAUUGCAUCCCAUGAAACUAUUGGUCUUCAUGAAGAUAUAAAAAUAUUAAUUGAAGACGGAAAUAACUAUUAGAAGUUGUUGCAGUUGCACUACCUUACAAGGACUUCACUAUAUGCAAGAAGAAUGUCCCUACUGAGAAAUGAGAACCUGGAAAAAGUAGUAUGGUUCCUGCAGUAUGAAAGAUAACAGUGUUAUCUUCUCUGCUGUCUUUCUGCACUUCACUCUGCACUGCUUCCCUGCACCAGAUUCCUGAGGUCUGUGUAUAUCUAUUGGCCCAGGUUCCAGUGUGGGUUGUGAUGGACUGCUAACUAUCAAAAAAGAACUUCCUUUGUUUGUUGCAUUGCUAAUACGUACUUUUCUUUUGCAUAAACAACUUGACAUGACAUCAGUUCUGUGUCAUAACUUAUACAAAGUUGCACCUCAAAAAGAAAACUUAUACAAAGUUGUAGGGUGGCAUUUUGCGAGUUUCAGGAGAGGUUUCUUUGUAACUCUACCUGCACUUCGGAUCUUCCCCAUCUACACGUUGAUCAUGAGAAAUGUGCUAUGGCUGGGUUCCUUUUAUGUUCUAUAAGUUUAGGGCAUAGCUCUACUUGCACUUUGGACCAGGUAUGUGGCUGGCUUUUCUUCCUUGGAAUCUGCUGUUGUGAUAAAAUUAUUUCCUCUGCAUCUUAUUUGUUUCACAGCAACAGAGCUAAGAUAAAUUGUAUUUUACUAUGUUAUAUCAUCUUAUAAUCACAUUAAUUAGUUACUUUAAUAGAACUGAAAAUAUCCCAGGACUUCAGAAGUGCCGUUAUUUCAGUUCUCAUUCUUACUUUGGUCUACAAUGUCAAUUCAUUAGCUAAGUUUAAGUGCAAUCUACAUCUGUGUUUGCACUUGUUGAAGCUUCAGAGACUAUCACUGCAACCACCAUACAGCUCCUAGUUUUUUUUUGCAUUCAACUUUUAAUUAUACACCUAGCAUAUGUGGAGAGAGAAAGAGAUAUUAUUAAUAAGAUGCCGUAUAAAUCAGUUUUGUGGUGGAAUAGCAGUAGAUAGGACCUUUGCUACCUAGUCAGCCAUCUUCUUUGACCUCUGCUGUGGAGACAAAUGGAUUUGUGUGGCGUUGGCUGAUGCACUCAGUACAGCUUGCUCCACCAUGCAACUUGCUUCUUGCCGGCCGGUGCCUGUCCUAGUCUCUCCAGCGGGGAAGACUUCAUCUUGACUCCCUGCUACUAAUCCCCAACUUUUUCCCUUGGCAAUUCUCCUUGCAUGAAUAAUUUGCAUUGCAUUGCAUUACAGUCUUGAAGCAAGAUUCAUCAGUUCUGACGUGGAUGCCAUCCUCUGCAGUUGCAGUACCAUGGCUUUGCCUCAUCGGCGCCUCUUCCUCUUCACCGUCGUCGUCUUCCUCCCACAAGUGUUCUCCCAGCUCCCCAACAUCUGCGGGACCAAGGCCAAUGGCAGGUACGCCUGCCCUGACUGCUCCACCUCUACUGCAGCCACCUCAAACCGUAGCGCCGGCUUCGAGGCCAACCUCCUCCGGCUCCAGGCCUCUCUCCAACACAUGGCCGCCACGGACGCCAGCUUCCUGAACUCCACUUUCACCACUGGCGCCAGCGACGCGGCGGACACGGUCUUUGGGCUCGCCAUGUGCUUCACCGACGCGGAGCGGUCCGACUGCUCUGCCUGUCUCGCUGGCGCGGCAGCCGAGUUGCCCGGGACCCGGUGCGCAGGCCGCAGGGACAUUGUCCUUUGGUACGGGCACUGCCUCGUGCGCUACGAUGACACCCCCUUCUUCGGCACCGCGGACACGUCACCGGCGCGGCGGUUCGACGUGCCCAACCCCCACAACUUCUCAGAUCCAGUGAGCCUGGGUGCGGCGCGUCAGAGGCUGGCCGGGCGGAUGCUCCCCGCCGCGGCGGCCUCGACGCUCCGGUUUGCCUUUGAUGCCGAGGAGGUCACACCGAACAUGACGCUGCAUGGGCUGGCGCAAUGCACGGAGGACCUGCCCGCCGAGGAGUGCAGCCGGUGCCUGGCAUCGCACAUGGUCUGGCUCGCCGGAUGCUGCGCCGACAUGGACGGUGUCCGUCUAAACGGGCCCAGCUGCUACCUGCGCUAUGAGUUCAUGGCCUUCAUCCCCAGCAUGCCGCCGUCCAUGGCACCCCUGCUACCUCCUCCUCCGGCGUCUGAAUCAGGGACUCCCUCAGGGAGGAAGAAGGCUAGAACAUACAUACUUGCGGGGACCCUGAGUGCAUUGGCGCUGCUGUGCCUCUGUCUUCUGGGAGCAUUUCUGUAUUACAAGAAGAAGUUUCAUGGCUCACUUCCUCCCAUGCCCUGGAAGAGGGACACACCGACGAUUGAAUCCUUCCUGCGGUGGCAACAUCCGAGGAGGUACAGCUACUCGCAAGUGAAACGGAUGACGAAAUCUUUCUCGCACAAACUUGGCCACGGCGGCAACGGUGUGGUCUACAAAGGCAGACUCCCGGAUGGCCGUGAGAUUGCCGUGAAGAUGCUCAAGGACAACAGGGACGUCGAUGGCGAGGAUUUCAUGACUGAGGUCGCCAGCAUCAGCAGGACCUCCCAUGUCAACGUCGUCACGCUGCUGGGAUUCUGCUUGCAGGGUAGAUCUAAAAGGGGACUCAUCUAUGAGUUCAUGCCGAAUGGCUCCCUUGAAAGAUACACUUCUGGGAGAGGCACUGAGCACAACUCACUUGGCUGGGAGACACUGUUCGACAUUGCUGUCGGCAUUGCGCGAGGCCUCGAGUACCUGCACAGAGGUUGCAACGCGCACAUUGUGCAUUUUGACAUCAAGCCUCACAACAUCCUCCUGGACCGGGACCUCCGGCCUAAGAUCUCCGACUUCGGACUGGCCAAGCUGUGCUCCCAAAAAGAGAGCACAAUCGCGGUGUCCAUUGCAGGAGCUCGGGGCACGAUCGGGUACAUCGCGCCUGAGGUGUUCUCCAGGGGAGUAGGGGCAGUCACCAGCAAGUCCGACGUCUACAGCUAUGGCAUGAUGGUUCUUGAGAUAUCUGAGGCUAGGAGGAGCAUGGAUGACGACGAUUUCACUGAUUCAGAGGCAAGCAGCAGCAGCAAGUAUUUCCCCCAGUGUUUAUAUGAAGGCUUAGAUCAGUUCUGUGCAAGAGCUUGCGCCAUCGAUGAUAGCGAUGGCAAGGCUACCGGACUGGUGAGGAAGAUGGUGGUGGUCGGGCUGUGGUGCGUGCAAAUCUCCCCUUCGGACCGGCCUUCCAUGACCAGAGUGCUCGAGAUGCUGGAGAAGAGUGCUGAAGAGCUUCAGCUACCACCACACACUCCACGUGGACCUUGAGCACGCUGAAAGAUUUGGGUAUCUUGAAUUGUACAGCUAAAUGAUGAAGACAUCGUUCAGGUUUUGAAAUUAAGUGGUUUCAUUCA